GCGCCCCGUCCGCCGUGACCCCGUGACCCCGCGGCCCCGCUGUCCCCGCGCGGCAUGGCGGCCCUCGGCGCUCGGGCGGCGUCCGGGCUGGCGGCCACCCGCGUUUUCCUGCCGCGUCCCGGCCUGCGACCGCGGCCCUUCGGCGGGCCGGCGUCCUCCCCGCGCGCGGCGCUCCACGCCUCCGCGCCGCGCCCCGGGGCCAGGGUCGCAGUGGUGCUGUCCGGAUGUGGGGUCUAUGACGGGACGGAACUCCAUGAAGCCUCUUCGAUACUGGUUCACCUGAGCCGUGGCGGGGCCGAGGUCCAGAUCUUUGCUCCUGACGUCCCUCAGAUGCACGUGAUCGACCACACCAAGGGCCAGCCUGCUGAGGGCGAAACCAGGAACGUGCUGACCGAGUCGGCGAGGAUUGCCCGCGGCAAGAUUGCCGACCUGGCCAAGCUCAGCGCCGCCAACCACGAUGCGGCCGUGUUCCCCGGGGGCUUCGGAGCCGCCAAAAACCUGAGCACGUUCGCCGUGGACGGGGGUGACUGCAAGGUGAAUGCAGACGUGGAGCGUGUCCUGAAGGAGUUCCACCGGGCUGGGAAGCCCAUCGGCCUGUGCUGCAUCGCUCCCGUCCUCGCGGCCAAGGUGCUCGGAGGCGUUGAGGUCACCGUGGGCCACGAGCAGGAGGAGGGCGGCACGUGGCCGCAUGCCGGGACUGCGGAGGUCAUCAAAGCCCUGGGCGCCAAGCACUGUGUGGCGGAAGUGACCGAGGCUCAUGUGGACGAGAAGAACAAGGUGGUCACGACUCCGGCCUUCAUGUGUGACACCGCCCUCCACCACAUCCACGACGGCAUCGGGGCCAUGGUGAGGAAGGUGCUGGAACUCGCCGGCAAGUGAGGCCCUCGGGGCCGGGGCUCAGCCUGGCCCCCCAGGCGGCGCCGCGCUCCUGUCAGCUUGGACCUGGGCAGAAAUUGAUUUCUUUGCUUAAACCUGCAGGCGUUUUCUUUGUGAGGAGGGCACUUCCGACAGCCGGGGUCGGGAGGGCAUCGAUGUGAGGGGUCUGCCCCUCACGAGGGGGAGGCCGGGGCGGCGGGACUGCCCUCCGCGAGGGGCGCUAGUGCCCGGCCUCGCCUGCAGCCUCAGGCUUGAAACCCGGUCCGCUUCUCGCUUCUCGCUUCUCGGUGCGCGCGGCAGGGCGACGGCGCCGCCGUGCUUGGCUGGGCUCUCUUCAGAGCGGCUCCCGUGGCGUUGGGAAGGGAACGUCCUUUACGUGUGCGGAUCUCAUCAUCGGGAGACCAGAAUGCCCUCUUAUUAGUAAUAAAAGAGUCUGUACGCUGGAGUGCGUGUGCGCAUCACA